AUGAUGAAGCCGUUCGGUAGCGGGCCCACCGUCAAUGGAUAUGUUAUGAUGUACAUGUCUAGAUGGAAGCGAUUCGCGGUUGUGCUGCUGCUGAUAUGGAUCGCUGUUACGUAUCUCGUUAUAUCACCGCUCAGAUGCGAAGGAGGCACAGAAGAUGUUUCGGAGUUCCAAAAUAGAUUAAGGACGGUGUCGAUGCAAUUAGAAUCUCUCAAAAUACAGCACAAUAAACUUAUUUCUCAGGUUAAGAAAUCCGUAGGUCUGAAUUCCAAUCUCAAAGAUAUAGACAUGGGUUCGCUAUUCGACUCCGUGGGUGGACCUUCAGAGGAGUAUGAGAAUCUCAGGAGAAGGGUGUUUUCAAAUACGAAGGAAAUUUGGUAUUUUAUCAACCAUGAGCUGACCAAACUUAAGAAAGGUGAUAUUAAAAUAGAGAAGUUGACUGACAUUUUGGAGCAAGUUGAACAUAGAAAAAGCUUUAUACUGUCAGACCAACAGAAGCUUCAAGAGUUAGAUGGAUACCAGGACUGGAGGCAACAGGAAGCCGCGAAUGUCAGUGACCUGGUGCAAAAAAGGCUCAAGUACCUUCAAAAUCCGAGUAAUUGUAGGGACGCUAGAAAAGUUAUAUGCAACUUGAAUAAGGGUUGUGGCUUCGGAUGCCAGCUUCAUCACAUAGUGUACUGUCUGAUUUUCGCGUACGCUACUGAGAGGACGUUGAUUCUCAACUCCAAGGGAUGGCGAUACAACACAAAGGGCUGGGAGUAUGUCUUCUAUCCUAUUUCGGAAAGCUGUCUCACUGCGUAUGAUGAUAAAGUUAUUCAAUGGCCAGCCAACUACGAUCCUAAAGUGGUGUCUUUGCCCUUCAUAGACUCCAUCUCACAGAAGCCCAAAUUUCUCCCGCUUGCGAUACCCACAGAUCUGGCACACCGUAUAGUCCGCUUCAAUGGUGACCCAUCUUCGUGGUGGAUCGGUCAAAUGCUCAAGUACGUGCUCAAGCCGAAGCCCGCGAUGCAAAAGGCGAUCAACGAGACGAUCGCUAAGAUGCACUUUAUGCGGCCUAUUGUUGGCGUUCACAUACGUCGUACGGACAAAGUGGGUACGGAGGCGGCCUUUCACAGUAUAGACGAAUAUAUGGUUCACGUUAAGCAAUAUUAUGACCAGUUGGAAUUAACUCAACACGUCGACGUCAGAAGAGUGUAUUUGGCUAGUGAUGAUGCUAAUGUAUUAGGAGACGCUCGCUCAAAGUACCCGGACUACGAGUUCUUGGGUGACCCGUCUAUAGCUAAAACGGCCGCUACGCAUCGUAGAUAUACGCCGGUAUCACUCACCGGACUAUUGGUAGAUUUGCAUAUGCUGGCCAUGAGCGAUUAUAUUGUUUGCACGUUUAGUAGUCAGGUCGGUCGUGUAGCGUAUGAAAUGAUGCAAACGAACAGAGUGGACGCAUCUGAUAGUUUUUACUCUUUGGAUGAUAUUUAUUACUUUGGGGGUCAAAAUGCUCACAAUCGCCGGGCUAUUAUGAACCAUACCCCGCGGUCCAAUCAGGAGAUCGCAUUCCAGGCGGGAGAUCUGAUAGGAGUGGCUGGGAACCAUUGGAAUGGUUUCGGUCGAGGGACCAAUAAAAGAACUAAUAUGAAUGGCCUAAUCCCGUGGUACAAAACGGCUGAUCAUUUAGUGCUUUAUCCUUUCCCCGAGUACAAACACGCAAACGAACGUCAGAAUGAGUUAUAG